GACUCGUUAAGAAGCGAUAGAACUUGCAAGAUGGCGUCUUACUGACUGGUUCGUGUAUUCGUUCCAGAUAGUUAAUAAUCGUUGUAAUCAUUGGUUAUUAUUGGAUUGCUGAAAUUAUCGUGUGAAGUGAUUUUAUUUGUUGUACAUCUGUUUAUUAUUUACUAAACUUCAUUAUGGGUACAUCAGAUUUGGAAGGUCCCGAAUGUAAAAGAGAGUCCUUAGGACUGGAUUCUGAUACGGAUGGAAUGACUGAUCAAAGGAAGAAAAAAAGGAAACAUAAGCAUCAUAAGCAUAAGAAAGAAAAAUUAAUUGAAAGAGAAGAUGAACGAUUGGAUAGGCAAGAAAGACGGAAGCAUAAAAAACACAAACGACAGAAGAAAGAUAAAGAAAUGGAGAAUGGUAUAGAUGAGAAAUUAAUAUCCAAUGUAAUACAUAAAGAAGUUGGUAUGAAUGGAAAAACAAAAACAUCUGUAUUGGAAGUUGUUUCUACUGAAGAAAGCGAAGAUGAAAAGUUAGUUGAUUUAGAUUCGGAUGAAGUAGAUUGUACAAUCAUAGAAGAUGAUAUUGAUCUUGAAGAGUUAAUGAAGCAAAAGGAACGAUUGCAAGCAUGUUUGGUACAAUAUCUCUCGGAUGAAUCUGAAAAAGGAGAAGAUAAGGAGCUACCAGAAGAAGAAGAAGCAAAAACGACGACAGAAACACCUGAUGUGAUACUAGUGGAAGAUGAUAGCGACACUAAUGAUGUACCAUCAAAGAAACGAACCAGGAGCAAGUCAGGCAGUAGAGAACGUAAGAAAGUGAUAAAAGUCGAAAGACGUGUUGUAGUUGAUAUGACUAGAGACAGAAAACCUCGUGAACAGCAUAAAGAUAAGAGAAGAGAUUCCGAUAGGAAAAGAGAUGAGAAAAUUCGUCCCAGAGAGGAAGGAAAAAGAGAAGAAACUCGAAAGGAUGAUAGAGCUUCACGAAAGGUUAGCGAAAGACAAAAAGAAGAUACAAGAAAAGAAGAGUCCAAUAAAAAAGCAGAUGAAGACCAGCAAAGACGUAAGGAUAUUUCAAAACGAGACGAGACACGGAAAAGAGAAUCAGACAGACGAGAAGAGAAUCGAAGACGAGAACCUAUUCGUCACAGUUCAAAAACUCGUAUCAACGAGUCAAAGAAUUCAGAUAAUAAAAGCCGCGACAGAUUGGGAAGUCGUGAACGUCAAGACAGCCGAGAUCGACACAUUAGUCACGAUCGUCGGAGUCGUGAUAGACCAUCGAGUAGAGAGCCUCGUCGUCACGCUAGCCGUGAUAAAAGGGAUAGUCGAAGUAAAGAUCGACAUGGAAAUCGAGAUCGACAUGAUGGCAGUCAUGAUCGACGAGACAAUCGGUAUCACGAUCAUCGAAUCGAAGAUCGGUCUCGCAAUAGCGUGAGGAGAUCGCGUAGUCCUAUUCGAAGCAGAGCGGAAAGAGAACGAAAUGAUCGAUAUAAGAGAUCUAGAUCGCCUUCCCGAACUCGUAGGGACCGAGAUAAGCAGCAACAAGCCAGGGACCACAUCAGGGAUCGUGAUAAAGAUAGAGACAGAAACAGCAAAAGGGAGCGUAAUGAUAAAUAUAAGGAUUCUUUAUCAGAAGGUCUUAAAGUAGAACAUUCGGAUAGCUCGAGUGAAGAGGACAUUAAAGAUAUCAAUAUUGAGGAAGACGAGGAUGAAGAAGCGAUUAUAGAACGUCAACGAAAACAAAGAGAAGAAUUGCUCAAAAGGCUGAAUGGACCAAAUGAGGAUUCUAAUAUGUCUACCGACGUAAAUAUUGCUGCUUCUCCAGAAAGCCAAUCUAAUAUAUCACAAAAAUCUAUAGAAAUUCCAUCCAAUAACAAUGAAUCUAUAUUGGAAAGCCAUACUCCACCACUGCCUACAGAGAAACUAGAAUCUCCGCCUCCAGCCAAGAAAAGAAAAUCUAGAUUCGAGGACGCAUCACCUAAUGAAUCUGACAAAACUGGGAACAUUAAAACAUCUGACAAGUUUAAACAGGAGGAAAAGCAAACUUUAAAAAAAUCAAACGAAUGGGACAUGUUUGCAGAAGCAGAUAAUAUUGGAGAUUUUAAUAGCCCAACACUUGAAGGAAAACGUCAAGGAGGACCAGAUAAUCCUUGCUUAACGGAUAACUGGGAUGAUGCAGAAGGAUAUUAUCGUGUACGCGUUGGAGAAACUCUAGAUGCACGAUACGUAGUCUAUGGAUAUACAGGACAAGGUGUAUUUAGCAAUGUUGUGAGGGCGAGAGAUAGUGCUAGAGGGAAUUUAGAUGUAGCUGUGAAAAUUAUAAGAAACAAUGAGAUAAUGCAUAGAACCGGUUUAAAGGAGCUAGAAAUCCUUAGGAAACUGAAUGAUGCUGAUCCAGAAGAUAGAUUUCAUUGCUUGCGUUUAUUUAGGCAUUUCUUUCAUAAAAAUCACUUAUGCAUGGUUUUCGAACCUUUAGCUAUGAAUUUAAGAGAGGUUUUAAAAAAAUAUGGCAAAGACGUUGGUUUACACGUUAAAGCGGUAAGGUCGUAUACGCAGCAACUUUUUCUAGCACUAAAGUUAUUAAAACGUGCAAAUAUUCUGCAUGCUGACAUCAAACCGGAUAAUAUUCUAGUCAGUGAAAGCAAGUUAGUGCUGAAACUCUGUGAUUUUGGUUCUGCAUCGCACGCCCAUGAAAAUGAAAUAACACCAUACUUAGUCUCAAGAUUUUAUCGUGCGCCCGAAAUUAUUCUUGGUAUACCAUAUGAUUUUGGCAUUGAUAUGUGGUCUGUGGGGUGCACCAUAUACGAGCUUUACACGGGAAAGAUAAUGUUUUCGGGGAAAACAAACAACCAAAUGUUGAAGUAUUUUAUGGAUCUAAAGGGCAAGAUGCCGAACAAACUAAUUCGAAAGGGCACAUUUAAGGAUCAACAUUUUGAUAGUAACUGCAGUUUCCUGUAUCACGAGGUUGAUAAAGUUACGGAACGGGAAAAAGUGGUCAUAAUGUCGACACUGCCAGCUACUCGCGAUCUCAGCGCAGAACUUGGUGGAAGUUCUUUACCACCAGAACAAAAUCGUAAAGUUGGACAGCUGAAGGAUUUACUUGAACGAACGCUGAUGUUGGACGCGGGGAAGAGGAUCACAGUAAAUCACGCUCUGGCGCAUCCCUUUAUACAAGAAAAAAUAUAGGUGCUUUAUGAAAUUGUACUUUCGUAUUUCCACGAAGCGAGAGAGAUUCGUACAUAAAGAACUGUAAGCUCCUUACUGAAUACACUGUUCGAUCCGUUUAAAGUACCUCAUCAGCGAGCAUACGUGCACACACAUAUACACAAACACCACAGCAUUAGAAACUUUAGUGACAAAGAAAGAAAUCUGCUCUAAUUGGAUGAUAAAUUGUAUAGGGAUCAGCUAUAUUGAAAAUAAAACGACACAUGCUUAACAGAAUGAGAAGAACGUCCUGCAUUUUGUCUUUUCAGUCUUAAAUCACAAGUAUGAAGUAUAGUGGAAAUAUUUCUUACAGAUUUCUUACAUAUUUUUCUCUUUUUCAUUCUGUCUGUCUGUAUUUUUCAUUCUAUCUCUGAAAUUUCAAGAAUGGAUAUGUUUAUCAAAUUUCUAUAACAGCGAUAGUAUAAUAGAUAUAGAUAUAUCUUUAUAUAUAGCGUACAUUCAUUUUCUAGUUGAUAACGCGUUUAAUUAGUAUGCCAAUUUAAUAUUUAAUAGCAUAUCUCAUUAUAUGACUAUAUAUAGUCAUGUACGACGGAUCGAAUGAAAUGGUUAUCUGAUAUUUCUAUAAUACAUGUAAUUAUACAUAUUUGCGAUAAUGCUAAGUAGGAUGAAAGUGUAUAUAUUUGCUUGCGAUGCAAAGUUUUAAAAUACAUAUAUAAAGUGGUAUUGAGAUAUUACAAGCGAAAUAAUGACAAUUACUGAAAAAUUA